UUCAUUUGGUGGUCGUUCUUUUGUGGGAUUAAUUUUGUCUUAGGAUUAUCAAGAUCAAUUCAAUAUUUUCUUAACUUAAUUUUUGUUAUUCGGUGUCCUUUUUCUUAAGAAGGAAAUCCUUAAUUCUGGAGGAAAUCCUUGCUGGAGGUUUCCUAAUGAAAUUUGAAGAAUUGAUGAUAUAGGGAAAUUAAUUUUAGAUAUUUCAAAUUCAAUCCUUUUGGUGUCUAGUUAUACUUCCUCCCCUCCAAACCUCAAAUGAUCGAUUUGCUUAUUUAUGCUGCCCCAACUGAAAACAUCAAGGGAAUCCAGGUAACUCAAUUGACAUACAUUCAACAACUACAAAAUGUUGGUUGAUAUGGAAGGAGAGGUGUUGCAGAAUAUUCGAAGAUAAAUCGAGUUCUUCCUUGAGCAUUAGCCUUGCAAAUUUGAGACACUUACAAUUUUGGAAACCUGCACAGGACGCAAAUAUGAGUAGAGCUAGUGUUUCACAUCAGAUUGAGAAAACCAUUUGUUAUUGGAAUCCUCCAUCAGCAAACCAAUUAAACAUCAAUUUUGAUGCUGCUUGGGUUUCAGAAUCCUUGAUUUCUGGUUUUGGGCUAAUCUUAAGGAACUGUGCAGGGAACACUCAAGGAGCAAAAUCAGAAUUCUUCAGAGCAACAUGUCCAGAAAAGGAGGAGGCAUUAGCUCUUUUGCAGGGAGCUAAAUGGGAUAAAGAGAUGAACCUAAAGUAUUUCUGGAUUGAAGGGGAUUGCGAGAGAAUUUUGGCUUUUACACAAGGGAAUAACAACUUAGUAAAAUGGCAGAAUGAAUCGACUCUCAAAGAAGCUAUGCUUCUUUUAUCUGGUUGUGAUAAUUUUUUAGGAUUUAUCUACACACCAAGAGAUGGUAACCAGGCUGCAGAUCGAUUGGCAAAAGAGGCUUUCAAAUCUUCUCUUCAUCAGAGUUUAAUCAUGCCAAAUUUUCUUUCUACAAUUUUAAUUUUAGAUAAACUAAAUUGUAAGUCUAAUACUUUGUCAAGUUUAGCUUUAGUAAACUCGGUUUUUUUCGAGGAAGAUCAUCUGUUGGCAGGUUGCAACUUUAGGGCGUCAGCCGCCUUGAUGGGAACAAUCACCGACACUUCAUUCCUUUUUAGGGUCAGUCUGUUGAUUCCUAGUUUCAGUUUUCUCUUUUAAUAUAUAACCAAUUCACAAAAAAAAAAAGUUAAUACAAUUCAACUCAU